AUGCAGGCCUCCCCGCCGCCGACCGGCUCCGACUCCGACCCGGCCUCCGUCGCCGCGGCGUGCAAAGCCCACGCCCUCACGCCCGCGCAGUUCGCCGCGCUGCGCGACGAGGCCACCGCCGCCAAGGCCUCCGCCUACUGCCCCUACAGCAGGUUCCGCGUGGGCGCCGCGCUCCUCGCCGACGACGGCGCCGUCACCACGGGCGCCAACGUCGAGAACGCCUCCUACCCCGUGGGCACGUGCGCCGAGCGCGUCGCCCUCGCAAAGGCCGUCACCGCCCCGGGCGGGCGCCCGCGCGCCUUUAGGGCCGUCGCCGUCGCCUCGGACGCGUCGCCGCCCGCGAGCCCGUGCGGCAUGUGCAGGCAGUUGUGGGUGUCCCUGUCUCCUGUCUCCUGUCUCCUGUCUCCUGUCUCCUGUCUCCUGGUUCCGUUUCCUUUCCCUUCCGCUCGGUCCCUCGUCCCUCGCUCCCUCGGUCCGGCCGCUGACGGGCGUAGCAUCCGCGAGUUCUGCGACCCGCACGUGCCCGUCAUCAUGUUUGGCGGGGACGGCGGCUUUGUCGUCCUCACGCUGCAGGAGGUACGUCUUGGUUUCUUUCUUCCUGGUCUGGACCGUGGUGUGGCGUCGGCGAAGCGUGCUGACGUGCCGUCCGUCCGUUCGUCCGUCUAG